AAGGAGGCACUCACUCUCAGGGACCUGCACUUGCUGAUCCUGCACUUAAACUGCACCCUCGGUGCCUCUCUUGCCUCACCCUAGUCUCAGCCCUGCCUGUGGGGACAAACUGGCUGAGGGAGGAAGGUGGUAAAGUGCAGCUCUCCGCACCUGUGGGGGGCAGACACCAAGAGAAUGAAAUUUUACAAAGGCAGUGGGGACUGGCUUAGUGGUGAACUUUCCAACCACCUAGGGCUUUAACUCCAGGUGUGGUGGCUAGAAGAUUCCUGGAGGGCAAGAAUUUUGUCAGGCUCCACUGGUCUGGGGCCUGAUAGGAAAGACACAGCAUUAGAAGUGGGCAUCUGGGUAGAAGACAGUCCGAAGAGCACUCAAGGGGCUGUGGGGUGCCACCUGGACCCCUUCACCUCGAAUGAGGAGGGCUAUCUGCCUGGUUUCUGAUGGGAGUAGGGGGUAAAGGCCUGAAGGGCGCCCCCUGCCAUCUCUGAUACACGCAUUUGAGCAUCUACACCCGCGGCAGGCACCUGGUGCCUCUGCCCAGCUGGAUUAUGCAGCUCUCUGGGGCAGGUGUUCCCAGGUGCGGACUUGAGACAAAGGAACCAGGAAGCGGGGCCUCCCUGAGUACAGGUAACCCGAGGCCCUGCUCCCCCGGCUCCUGUGGGCCGGCCUUAGGGGAUGGGGCGCACUCCCACAGAGGGCUCGGAGGAAUUCGCGGUGAACUGAGCAGGGUCAAGGUCCACAGAGAGCGAGGAAGGGGCGGAAUCCAGGAAGUCUUCCCGGUGGCAGUGAAUUCUUAGAGGGGUUCGGCGGGUGCCGAAGCAGCCCGGGCGCCGCGGAGCGCGGAGGCCCCGCCCCGCCCCCGCCCACCUAUGGGAACGCCAGCCCGGAGGGAGGCACGGCCGGCGGCCCUGCGGCCUCUGCCCUGGCCUCGGCUAGCCUGGGGGCCUCUGCCUAGGGCCUGACCGUGGGGAGGGGGCCCUCUCGUGCCAGUUCCCCGUGCGGCCGAGUUGGGAAGACCUCCGGGGGGCCCCCGUGCCCCGCACUGCCGCCGCGGUCCCCGGCCGUCCACGGGGGGCGGGGCGUGUCCGUGGUGGCGCCCUCUGGCGACCCAGAGGCGCGCAGCCGCGGCAGUUCCCGCGUACCGCCACCGAGACCCCCGUCCCCUCCCGCGCCCGCCGCCUCGGGGCUCCUGGCAUGCGGCAGCUCGGCGAGUGCCCUCCUGGUUUAGUCAUGGCGAAGCUGGAAACACUGCCUGUGCGCGCUGACCCAGGGCGGGAUCCCCUCCUGGCCUUUGCCCCGCGGCCCUCUGAGCUCGGACCCCCGGACCCUCGCCUGGCCAUGGGCACUGUGGGCAGUGGGGUGGCCCAUGCCCAGGAGUUUGCCAUGAAGAGCGUGGGCACCCGCACAGGGGGUGGGGGCAGCCAGGGCAGUUUCCCUGGCCCCCGAGGCAGCGGCAGUGGGGCCAGCAGGGAGAGGCCAGGCCGCUACCCCUCAGAAGACAAGGCUCUCGCCAACUCCCUCUACCUCAAUGGCGAGCUGCGGGGCAGUGACCACACAGAUGUCUGUGGCAAUGUGGUGGGCAGCAGUGGUGGCAGCAGCAGCAGCGGCGGCAGUGACAAGGCCCCACCACAGUAUCGUGAGCCCAGCCAUCCACCUAAGCUCCUGGCCACCUCUGGCAAGCUAGACCAGUGCUCAGAGCCGCUAGUUCGGCCUUCAGCCUUCAAGCCCGUUGUACCUAAGAACUUCCACUCCAUGCAGAACUUGUGCCCCCCACAGACCAAUGGGACCCCUGAGGGACGACAGGGCCCUGGUGGUCUCAAGGGUGGGCUGGACAAGUCUCGGACCAUGACUCCAGCAGGUGGGGGUGGGGGCGGCCUCUCAGACUCAGGCCGGAACUCACUCACAAGUCUGCCCACCUACAGCUCCAGCUAUAGCCAGCACCUGGCGCCUCUCAGUGCCUCCACCAGCCACAUCAACCGCAUUGGCACUGCCAGCUAUGGUGGUGGCAGCGGCAGCAGUAGCGGUGGUGGGUCGGGCUACCAAGACCUGGCAACGUCUGACAGUGGGCGGGCCUCCAGUAAGAGUGGGUCAUCCUCAUCCAUGGGGCGGCCAGGCCACCUGGGAUCCGGGGAGGGCGGAGGUGGAGGCCUGCCAUUUGCAGCCUGCUCACCACCCUCGCCCAGUGCUCUGAUCCAGGAGCUAGAGGAGCGGCUGUGGGAGAAGGAGCAGGAGGUGGCAGCUCUGCGGCGUAGCCUGGAGCAGAGUGAGGCGGCGGUGGCCCAGGUGCUGGAGGAGCGACAGAAGGCAUGGGAGCGCGAGCUGGCCGAGCUGCGGCAGGGCUGCAGCGGGAAGCUGCAGCAGGUGGCCCGCCGUGCCCAGCGUGCCCAGCAGGGCCUACAGUUGCAGGUGCUGCGGCUGCAGCAGGACAAGAAGCAGCUGCAGGAGGAGGCAGCCCGGCUGAUGCGGCAACGGGAAGAGCUUGAGGACAAGGUGGCGGCCUGUCAGAAGGAACAGGCUGACUUUCUGCCCCGGAUGGAGGAAACUAAGUGGGAGGUGUGCCAGAAGGCUGGAGAGAUUUCCCUCCUGAAGCAGCAGCUGAAGGACUCGCAGGCGGACGUGUCCCAGAAGUUGAGUGAGAUAGUGGGGCUGCGCUCGCAGCUGCGGGAGGGCCGGGCCUCGCUGCGCGAGAAGGAGGAGCAGCUGCUCAGCCUGAGGGACUCCUUCAGCAGCAAACAGGCCAGCCUGGAGCUGGGGGAGGGCGAGCUGCCCGCGGCCUGCCUCAAGCCAGCACUGACCCCUGUGGACCCGGCCGAGUCACAGGAUGCGCUGGCCACCUGCGAGAGCGACGAAGCCAAGAUGCGCCGUCAGGCCGGGGUGGCUGCUGCUGCCUCCCUGGUUUCCUUGGAUGGGGAGGUGGAUGCUGGGGGAGAGAGUGGGACGCGGGCCCUGCGGCGGGAGGUGGGGCGGCUGCAGGCUGAGCUGGCCGCUGAGCGGCGAGCCCGGGAGCGCCAGGGUGCCAGCUUCGCAGAGGAGCGCCGCGUUUGGCUGGAGGAGAAGGAGAAGGUCAUCGAGUACCAGAAGCAGCUGCAGCUUAGUUAUGUGGAGAUGUACCAGCGCAACCAGCAGCUGGAGCGGCGGCUGCGAGAGCGUGGGGCUGCCGGAGGUGCCAGCACACCAACCCCGCAACAUGGCGAGGAGAAGAAAGCCUGGACCCCCUCCCGCCUCGAACGCAUCGAGUCCACAGAAAUCUGAUCCCCUAGCUGGGCAUGUGGCCUUUUGACAAAUUCCCUGUCAAAGGCCAGAGUCCCCAAUAUCCCCCUCCCUGCCAUCUCUCUUCCCCACAUCUCCUACCAUAUCCCCAGACCAAAGAGGUUCUCAAAGCAGCUGUGACCAGGUCCCUCCCAGCUCUACCACUGCCCCUUUGGGCAGCCCACUCGAACCCUCUUCCCAAAGAGGGAAUGGAGGGAGGGCAGAGUGAGUGGGGAUGAGGGGCUCCGGCAGCAGGGGAGCCCAUGCUCCCUUUCUUGGCCCUCCCUCAUUGGAGAUGGAGGCAGCAGGCCUGCAGUGCUGUGAGGUGCCCCCACCCCUCAGUGGGUUUGGGCUGCUACUGUUGGCCACCCUGUGUCCAGUGAUGCUCUCUGUGCUCACAUCCUAGGCCAUGUAGCCUGAGGGGGCCUGCAUGGGGUCUGCUGAAGCUGACAGACCUUGGGUUCCUGGCCUCUCUCCUUCCUGCACUAGUCUCCCUCCCUGGGCAGAUUGGCAGGACAAGUGAGAGCAGAUGGCCUGUCUGUGGUUGAGAGGGCUACCUUCCCAGCCCCUCCCUGCAAGGUCUCUCGGGCUCAGGCCUCAGAGCCUAGCCUGGUCCUGAGUAUGGGUCCAUAUGUAUGUGUUGGGGGAGGGAAGGGCUGGGGCUGGAGGCUCUGCCCAGGAAAGUUCUGCCCUCCUGUUCUUGGGAAGGGUCACCUGGAAGCUUCCUAGCUCUACCCUCACCCUUCUAGCCAGGAUCCACAGGGCGACAGCCCCAUCUGCUUGGUUGACCCCUCACCUAGGGCCACUCUCCGGCUCUAACUACAGCUAUUAAGUGCUACCUGCCUCUCAGGCACUCCCCUCACCCAGUUUCGGAGGUUAUAUGAGUGUCUGUGAUGUCUUCCUGUGUCUUCCCCGACUCAAUUCCCCCAGCCUCCUUUCAUGCUCCAAACAUCAUUGUCCCAGGCUGCCUCUUCCCCUAAACCUUACCUUUUCUUCCAGUAGAAACUUCUGCUUGAUCUUUGGUGCACUGCCCACUUCCAAGCUCCACUGGGUCCAAGCCUGAGCCUGAGGCCCUUGUUUUGGGGGGGUGGGGGGUGGUUGUGAUUGCCCGUGAAGAACAAGGCUGCCCUGAGGGGAACACUGACCCCUGGGUUCCCAGGGCCCUGAGGUAGCCUGGUGUUUGCCAAGGGUAGGCCUGGCAUGGCCAUCAGUGGGGGUUGGGACAGCCAAUGUCACUUCCUUCCUCCUCUGGGGGCCCUCUCAGAGUCCAUCUUCCCGCAAUAGGAAGGGAAAGGCAAAUUUCUAAUUCACCAGCAAUAACAAUUGGAGGAGGGUUGGCCCUCAACCCUGGUAUUUCUCUUUCACGCUCUUCCUCCCUCCCCCAAGACUGGGUCUGGAGGGCAGGGUGGAGAGAGCUGACAACUACUGUGAGCACGUCCCCCAAUCCCUGACCAGCCUCCUCCCAUGACUGGUGACUGUUUAAUGAGCUGUGCAUCCCCCACAAAAACAGGAGUGCCUGUCUGUGCGGCCUCUAUCCUUCUGCACAGCCCCUUCCCUGUGGCCCUCACCAGAUCUCUGAGCUGAGUGAGGGGCCAUCCUGGCAAUCACUGCCCAUUCCACUCACCCCUCACUGCACCUGCCCCAGAACCUGGGCCAGAGGGGUGGGGGGAAGAGAAGGCAUUAGUACGAAAAAAGAUAGAAGAAAAAUAUUAACAGACAGCUUUGGGACUUCCAACCACAAAAGAAAUUAUAUAUAAAUAUAUAUAAAUAUAUAUCUCUACCAUAUGUGAUGGAAAGACUAGACUUCAUUUUCUUUUCCCAAAGAAAUAAAAUGGAGAAAGCCU